GAUCUAACGUGCCGAGCCACUAGCCACAAUUGAUACAUCGGAAGAUACACAGAUUUACAGAGUAGUAUAAACUGCACGUUUGCCCUGAUUGUCGUCAGCGAUAAUUCCCCCGGUCAACCAGCAGUAACCCGCAAUUCACCAUGGCCACCGCACAAGCCGAGAAACCAAAGACUCAACAGCCUCCCACUUACACUAACGACCCGGACGAGUCGGAGACUGACUACGACUCCGACGACUACAUCUCCGAAGAAGAGGAGGAUCAAGCACCUCAACAGCAGAAGCAGACUGCCCCGCGUCGUCGGCGACCCCAGGCCAAAGGCCAGACCUACGACGAUGAUGAUGACGAUGCAGAGUACUCCGACGACUAUGCGUCGGAUGAGUACGACGAUGACGAUGACGACUACGAUGACGACGAGUAUGACGGCGAGGAGGAAGUUCAACAAGCCAUGGAGCGCUGGCAGCCUACUACGAUAAGCAGCAGGGACGGCAAGAACCAGAGUAUCUCAAACGGCGCAAUGGAUGCAGCGCCCUCGAACGACCAGAAGGGCGAUGACGAGGAGGGUAUGCGCCUGAAGCUGGAGCUGAACUUGGAGAUUGAGGUCGAGCUGAAGGCUCGCAUUCAUGGUGAUCUGACAUUGGCUUUGCUGUAAGUAACCUUCCCUUCACCUACUCCUGAUCUUUCCUCCCCCGUUCAUUGUCGUUGGUCGUUUCUCUUGGUUUGCCUCGAAGAGGGCCUUCGAGGUUAUUUUCCCAUGAGAGGAUUCCUUCGGGGGUUUUUCUACUUGGUAACACCGGAAAACAACUUGAACGACCCCAAAACUCCCGUUGGACUCCGCUUAAGCAACUGCAAUAGAACCUGACGGAUUGACGAUUUUUAUUUGAUGAACGCAGCGCAUGAUCCGACAUGCUCUCCAUCGAUGUGAUUCUGUUGUGUGCUUCGAAACUAGCGACCAUUCUGUCUAAAUUCCUCAUCGAGAGGUUCCUCGUCAUCGCAAAACAUCCCGUUCUCCACCGCCCGUGCUUGUCGCAUU